CAGGCUCAGCAAUCGGAGCCUGCGCGGCUCGGAGUGUGUGAUCCUCGAUGCUGGCUGUCGGGGUGCAUCAUGUCGGCCGCCGGGGGGACCGGGGAGGAGCUGCCAGAUACCCUGAUAAUGGAACCAAGUCAGUGCCUCAUUGUCUCCAGCAUCCUGGGGCCUAAACCAGGUACUACAGCCAACUCCUCAAAUCCCUUCACUUCCCUCAUGGUGGGAUAUCCUCGAAAAAGGAAACACAGUGAAUCUGAUAAACAAACCACUGAAGGAUCAGACAGCAGCGAUGUCCAAAGCAAACAGGCUCACAGUGAAACAGAGAAGAGACGGCGGAAUAAAAUGAACACCUUGAUCGAGGAACUUUCUGCCAUGCUUCCCCAGUCGGACCCUUUACCCCGCAAGCUGGACAAACUAACGGUGCUGAAGAUGGCAGUCCAGCACCUAAAGUCAUUGAAGGGUUCCAGCAGCUCAUUCACUGAGGAGAGUUACAAGCCAUCAUUCUUACAGCAGGAUGACAUAAAGCAAUUAAUUUUGACGGCAGCUGAUGGGUUCCUGUUUGUGGUUGACUGUGACAGAGGGAAGAUCCUGUUUGUGUCUGAAUCUGUCUCGAAGACCCUGAAAUACAGUCAGGCUGAUCUCAGAGGACAGAGUCUGUUUGACUAUCUGCAUCCCAAAGAUGUUGCCAAAGUCAAAGAGCAGCUGUCUUCCCCUGACACCUCUGCGAGGGAGAAGCUAAUUGAUGCCAAAACUGGAUUGCAGGUGCACAAUCACUUCCAGAAUGACCGUUCUCGACUGCACUGGGGCUCCAGGCGCUCAUUCUUCUGCCGGGUGAAGGUUGGCCGACCAGCAAGGAAAGAAGGCAGCGACUUCUUACCUGGCCCAAAGAAAAAAGAGCACCGACGAUAUUGCACUAUCCACUGCACGGGGUAUUUGAGGACCUGCCGUUCCAGCGAACUAGGCAAUAAAGAUGAUUGUGAGGUGGACAAAGAUUCAUACAACAUCUGCUGCCUUGUAGCCGUUGGUCGGUUACAUCCGUACAUUGUGCCACACAGCACUGGAGAAAUUAAAGUGAAACCCACAGAGUUUGUCACCCGUUAUACCAUGGAUGGUAAAUUCGUUUAUGUAGAUCAACGAGCUACAGCCAUUUUAGGUUAUCUUCCACAGGAGCUUCUCGGCACUUCCUGCUACGAAUACUUCCAUCCAGAUGACCACAGCCAUCUUACAGAACAACAUAAAACAGUUUUACAAAGCAAGGAGAAGAUCCUGACAAACCCUUACAAAUUCAAGGCCAAACAUGGGUCCUUCAUCAUUUUACAAAGCCAGUGGUUCAGCUUCAUCAAUCCAUGGACCAAAGAGCUUGAAUACAUUGUAUCCAUCAACACCGUUGUGUCAGGUCAUGGUUCAUCGCUGGAGACGGCAUCCCUCCCAGGUAGCUCAAAUUCCUCAGGGGAUAGUUCCAAGCGUUCUUUCCUCAGUGUGCCCGGGAUGUCCAGUGGAACUCUGCUUGGAGCAGCAAGCAUCGGCAGGGAGAUUGCAAAGCAAAUUCUAGAACUGCAAAGGUUGCACUCUCCAUCGUUCAAUGGUAAUUUAAGCCCCAGUGACAACCUAAAGAAGUCUUCUCCAGCCUUGGACCCACAACCCUGUGAGGCACAGAAGGAUGACUUGGUUCGGUUGUCUCCCUCAGAAAUUGAGAAAUUAGACGCGUCUUCUCAGAACGACAUCAUGCCUUCAUUCCUGAUUCCAGACUUGCUAAAUGGCAGCUUACCGUUUGAUUUUGGGAAUGAUGAAGCCACCCUCAUGAACUUUCUAGAAGCUGAUGCUGGUUUGGGACAAGCUGGAGAUUUACAUGACAUACACUGGACGAUGUAGCCUGGGGCGGCCACAGCCGGCACAGAGACGCACAACUGCAUGCACUGUAACCACAGAUCUUGCAGCAAUUCCGAUGUUUUUUGGAUUCUUUUUUAUGUUUUUUGCUACCUGCACAUUGAAGCAUUUCUUACCUGACUCCUGGCAGCACGGCAUUGUGGAGGAGAAAGCGAGCAAGAGCAGACCAAAGAUUUUUAUACUUGUUAAUAAAG